AUGUCCACAAAGCGGCAGCGCGAGGCUGAGGCGCCGGAAGCACAGGAAGAGCUUCCUGCGGACUUCGAUGAGGCUUAUUUUGAGGCCUACGACAAUCCGGAGAUCCACGCGCUGAUGCUUGGGGAUACGCAGCGGCUGGGAUCCUACCUGGCUGCGAUUCGCUGCCACCGCGGUGCCAUGGAGGGCAAGCUGGUGCUAGACGUAGGCGCUGGCAGCGCUGUGCUGAGCAUGCUUUGCGUGCUGCACGGGAAGGCCGGGCACGUCUUCGCGGUGGAGGCCUCGCCGGGCAUGGCCUCGGUGGCGCGCCGGCUGGUGGAGAUCAACGCCAUGCAGCAGAAGGUCACCAUCAUCGAGGGACGGGUGGAAGAGGUGGAGCUUCCUGGUAAGGUUGACAUCAUCAUUUCUGAGUGGAUGGGCUUCUACCUGGUCCAUGAGUCCAUGCUGGAGUCGGUGCUUGCGGCACGAGACCGUUGGCUGAAACCACAGGGCUUGCUGCUGCCGAGCUCGGGCCGGAUUUGGGCGGCUCUGGUGGAAGCGGAGGAGCUGCGCAAAGACCUCGCGGCCUACGAAGAUCUGCUGGGCCUGGACCUGCGGCCCGUUAGCUCAUUGGAGCUGCAGCGCUACGCGUCGCAGCCACGGGUGGAGAACUUGGAGCCCAGGCGGCUGUUAGCGGAGCCGGUGCUGUUUGCAGAGCUGCCAGACUUGCGGACAUUGCCUCCAAGCGGCAGCCGGCAAUUUCAGGCCAAGCUUUCCUUCCGCAGCUGGCGCCGCGGCUUCGCCGCAGCGGUCGCCUUCUGGUUCGACGUGGGCUUCGGACAUGACGUCGUCUUGAAGACGGACCCCGGGUCACCGCCGACCCACUGGAAGCAAACUGUGGUCUACCUCGGCGCCUUUGCGGAGGUGGAGGCGGGUGAGGUGCUGGCCGCCGAGGUGACGAUGGCUCAGAGUGAGGAGAACCCGCGGCAGUACAACAUCUCCCUUGAGACGCUUUAG